CUGGUGGACGAGCCACCACCGUAUCACAACCUUUUGCCUUUUUGUUCUCACCCAUUUUCCAACGGUUUGGAGGGAAUUAAUGUUGCACGAAAGAAAAUGAUUUAUUCCCCAUUUAAAUCUUUUCCACUCACUUGUCACUACUCAGUAGUAUUCUCUCAGCAGGUUUUUUGUGUGCAAUUGAAAACCCCUCUCUCUCCCUGGCGAUUUCUGAAGGAUUUUCCCAAUUAUUUAUCGUCUUCCUCCGGCGACUUUCCGAUCACCUUCGAAUCAUGAGUAUAGUGGCAAGAAACGAGAAUCAGGCAUACCUUUGCAUCAUGGGGAUGGGGGCAAGAAAUGCGAAUCAGGCACCAGCAGAUUUCGUUGAGGUUCCAUGUGCAACGCACAGACCUUUGCAGAUUCCUGUUGUUCGAGCAGAUGAGCUUUGCAUAAUAGGGAAAGGGACAAGAAACAAGAAUCAGCCACCAGCACGUAUCGCUGAGGUUCAGGGGACUAAGGCUAGGCCUUUGCAGGGAGAUGAAGCCGAUUUUGGGAGUCUCACGAACACAGUGACCGGUCUACUUGGAGCUGCGAAAAACAUCUCGCUGCAACUCGAUGAAAUUUCAUCUACUGUGAAUGGUCUUGUCAACAACAGCAAGGACAUAGAUGUGGCCUGUGGAAAAUCAACUCCCGCUGAGCCUUUUAUAUCAGUUGAUUCUAAGCGAGAUGUUGUUGGGGAAUUCCAUGAUUUGAAACAGACCACCACUGUGGCAGAGUACCAGGAGAAGUUUGAGGAACUGAGAGACUUGAUGGUGGAAAGGAACUAUGGACUCUCAGAAGGUUAUUUGGUUUCCAGCUUCUUGAGUGGACUCAAGUCAGAAGUUAAAGAAUCGAUUGCAAACCGCAAACCAGAGACUCUUUACCAUGCUUUCAACCUUGCACGCGUCCAGGAGAUUGCAAUUGGAGAGAUGAAAGAGAAAUAGAAGAAAUAGAAGAAGGUACAGUGUGUCGGUUACAUGGCUUUGCCUUGUUUUGAACUAAUUCUAAAGCCCUUCUACUUGCUUUCUUGAUUGUACAAAUAUCAAACCUAGACAUAUAAUGGAUUAUAUCUACUAGAAUAUGUCGAAUAUGUGGUGGCGAUUGUCUGGCUUCAUCAGAAACAGUAAUAGGUUUGUGGAGUCCGUGCCAAUAUUUGCAACUCCUAACUGCUGUUCACUAGCGAAUUUUAUUGCUGCAAAGCAGGCGAUAGAUGAUUCUGCUUGAAGUGCAGAAGAAGCUUUGAAUUUUAUGGUGUUUGUUUAGUUCAGAAUGGUUUAAGGAUCAAUAGCUCUUUCUUAGUUAUACACUAGACAGAAUGAGAGUUUCUUUUAGCCUUGUAGCUGCUUUUAUCAAACGUAUUAAGAAAUGUGGAAGACUUUUAUAUGUCAUUGACUGUCUGAACAAUGAAAGUUGAAA